UCACUCAUAUUAAUUUGUAUAUGUAAAAGUGUCUGCGAGUACAGCAUGGACCCUGCGAAAUAUAUGGCCACGGAUCUGGUUGUAUUUUGAAACACAAGUUGGCAAGACCACUGUCACUCAUAAAAUCGCUGAUGUGUUUCAAUCAUUGUUGCCAGCGCGGGAAUUCAAGAAUCGUACCGUAAUUUGGGGUUUUUCUUUUGACGGUUUGGGCAGAGGUUUUAGAAAUACAGAAAUAGAUGAGCAACUAAAAAACAUGGAUGAGACGAAGAGCCCGGGAUCUGUGAAGAAAUUGAAACAAGCGCAAUUGCCUUUUAUGGUUCUGAGGGACAAAGGCAAUUCACCUUCGAUCAAACAGAAAGAGGAGAAGAAAAAUGAAGCAAUAUCUAUUUUGUUAUCUGAUGAUAAUGCAGAAAAAGAGAAUAUUUCUACGCCUCAAACAAUUGCAAAGAAGGAUAUUGAGAAAAAAAUAAAGACAUCGGACUGUGAAUCUAUGAUUGUUGAUUUGACUGAUGAAACUUCACGUGAUUCCAUUCCACCUACUACACAAAGCAAUGAAUCUAAUGAAAGUAAAAUGCCUUCGACUAUUUUGAAACAUAUUGAUGAUUCCAUUGAAGCUGUGGUCCGUCGCUAUUCUUCUGAAUUUCAUAUCACUGGAGAUGGCAAUGUCACCCCUAAAGACACUGCUUCAGCAAAAAAGCGACGUCGUAGGUCAGCAUCAUUAUCGCCUCUUCCGCCAGAUGCAAAACGACCUAUACUAGGAAAGGAAUCAUUUGUGACACCUUCAAAAUCAGAAAAUGAUGACAAACUGGCAGGCAAGAGUUCGAAAGAAAGUACUUCUCAUAGCAAGAUUCCUGAAAUUGUGAUUACAGCUGCCACACCACCAGUUGGUAAACAGAAGAACCUAGCAAGUGAAAAUGCCUCUCGCAAGAUGCAUUUAGAAAAAAUGUUAAAUCGUGAUAAAGAUUUGACGCAAGUAAAAAAGCAUUCUCCAUUAUCUGCUGUGUUGCCAAAGAAAAGGCCAAGAUCGAGAUCACCAUCGCCUUCUCGUUCUAAUAAUCAGAAAGUAAAGGUUGAAAGCAAGGCUUCAACAUGUGUGAAAAUCGACUUGACAAAAUCAACUACACCUUCGAAGAAAUCCAAGCAAGCUGAUGAAGAUGAGUGUACUGUUAAAAUAGAGACAGCCAAACACGUAACUCCAGUUAAAGAAGAAAAUAUAGUCAAAGAUGGAGACAAAUCAUCAACUGAAACUUGCCAAACACCCCCACCAGCUUCAACUUCCAUGGAUUCUAGUCAGCUCGAUACCCCAUCACCACCUGAGAAACCAAGCAAUGGAUCAAAGAUAACUCCUGGAAGUAAAAUUGCAAGAAGCCUCGAGGCACAACGCAAAAAAGAAGAGAGAGAAAAAGAAAGAGAAGAAAAAAGAAAACAGAGAGAGGAGCAACGUCUCACAAAAGAAAAAGAGAAGUUGGAAGUAAAGAGAAAAAGGGAUGAGGAAAAAGCUCAGAAAGAAGAAGAAAGAAAGAAAAAAAAGGAGGAAGAAGAAUUGAUCAAGGCUGAAAAACAAAAGAAAAUUGAAGAGAAACGUAAAGAAAAGGAAAAACUUGAGCUGGAGAAGAAAUUGGAAAGAGAGAAGAAAGAAGAAGAGAAAAGGAAGGAAAAGGAGAGAAAAGAGGAAGAAAAACGACAGAAAGAUGAAGAAAAAAAACAAAAGGAAGAGGAAAAAAGACAAAAGGAGGAAGAAAAAUUGCAAGCUGAAGAGGAGAAGAGAAGAAAAAAUGAAAAGAGAGCAGAAAGUUUCAAAAGUUUUUUCAAAUCGCCUGCUAGAUCUCCUUCAAUAAAAAAGGAGUCGCCACAACUCACUGGAGUUUUCCCUCCAUUUCAAUUGAAGAAAGACAUGAUCCUAGCACCUAUAACACGAAUGAAGAUUGAUUCAGCUCAAAAGGCAUAUCUUGACGACGCAUUGGUGAAACAGGAUUUCACUUCAUCUUACAUGAAACAGUUUGGAAAAAAAUAUAAAAGAAACAUGUCUAUGCCUACUCUACCUAAACUAAGAAGACAACUUAUGAGCUUAUCUGAAGAUGGACUUGAGCUUGUAGAAGAUGGCGAGAGUCAGCCUGGUGCUAAAAUAUUACGAGCUAAAUUCCUCCUGUUUCAUACAAAUUAUCGACCUCCAUAUUUUGGAACUUGGAGAAAAGAAAGCAAAAAUCUCAGCUACAAAAAUCCAUUCAAGAAGGAUACUGAUUUGUUUGAUUAUGAAUUUGAUUCUGAUGAUGAAUGGGAAGAUCCCGGUGAGGGAGAAGACAUUGAUAAAAGUGAUGAUGAAGAUGAAGAAGAAAAAGCAGAUGAAGAUGAAGACGACGGAUUCUUUGUUCCUCAUGGAUAUUUAUCUGAUGAUGAAGGAAUCAAUGAAGAGGCUGAAGAUGAUGGGCCGAGACCUGAUCAUAAGUUGAAGCAAAAACAAUUGGAAUUCGAAGCUUCUUUCAAACGUAAAUUAUCAGCUCUCACUCCUGUUAUUAUCGGAUGUGUGUGGAAAGAUAGUAAAGAAGCGGUGGAUAAAGUACACAGGGAUAUUCUCCGUAGUUACAAGGCUGAAAUAUUGAGCAGUACACCGAUUCCUAUUCAUCGGCCUAAUAAGAAAAAUGCAGAAAAAACAUCUGAAUCUCCGAAUGAAGCUGGGAAGUCUGAUAAAGUAAAGAAAUAUGGAUUGAAGGCAGUUCCUGAGGAAGCAAUGCAUGAUCUUAUUCGUCUUCUGCAUGGAAAUCCUCUCAGUCUCGCUAGAUUAUCACAAGAGUUUCGUGUUUUCUGGAAAUUAAAAAAUAGUGAAGGUGAGGCAACAGAGUAUGGUCCUAUGUCUCUCGAUGAAAGUGAAGAUGAUAUUGUUAUGGAAGAAAAUGUUGAACCUAUGGAGGUUUCACCUUCGGAAGAUAAAACCAGCAAGCUAGCAUCGGUCAAUGAAGUAGAUAAAACACCAACCAGCAGUAAAAUUGCUUUAGACGGUGGAAAAACGCCAAUUAUCACCCCCAAAAGUGGAGAAAACAAAGAUUUUGAAAUAUCGAAAACUCAGUUGUUGAAACGAUGUAAAGAAAUAGCAACUUAUUACAAGAGAGAUAAUAUCAAUAGAGCUUGCUGGUUUGUUCAUGAUCACAUCCUUGACAAGUAUGAUGUGGGAAGCAACAAAGCACCAAUUCCAUCCAAAUGGAGAUAUGCUACAGAUGUUAGAAAAAUUCAGAUUUUAAUAUUUCCAAAAAGUACUGGGAAACCAGCAUCAACAACCGAGUCUAGUGCUACCAUCACACAUCAGAGUCCUGGUGCUAGUAUCGCAAAAUUUGUGGCGAAAGUUUCACCCGAUGAUAUUUUGGAACAAAGCAAGUUAAAACAUGAAAAGGCGAAACAAUCCACUGUCUCUAAUAAUGUCCCGACGGCUAAUUAUCCUGUUGUACCAUCUAUUGCAAAGUAUACAACUGAAAAGAUUUCACCAGUCGUUAUUAUAGAGAAGAGUGCUCAAAAAAUUGCUGAAGCUAUGGCAAAAUGUAAAGAACAACAUGCAGCGAAAGUAGCUCAGAACACUCAACAACAGACUCAACCCCCCAUGCAGGAAGCAAUAUAUGUUAUUCCAACACCUGAUGCGGUCAAAACGUUCUUUGGUAUCGACGCAUCUCUAGACAAAAGGCCUGCAACCUCAAUGGAUAAUACUACCGAUAAAGAAAAUGAUGGUAGUGAUUAGCUACCUCGACUAAACUAACUUUCAGAUUUAAAUCGGUUAAACAAUGGAAGCUUUCUAAUACUAUUUUUUAUAUUACAAGAAUGCUUCUGUGUGGAGAAUUUAAUGCUCUGAAUGAUAUUAGCUGAACCUAACCAGGAUGACAUCACAGGUUAUAUUCUUGGUCUCUAAUCUCAUGCCCAGAACCUCACUCAUAUUGUUAUAAAUAUGGUAGGCAAUGCUGAAACCGAAAGAUUACAUGCAGUCCUUCCAAACUAUAGAAGCAUGGCAUGGCACUGACUGCAUGUGCAGAGCCUUUGUUCAGAACAUAUAAAAAUAUGUUAUGUAAAAAUUCCGUUUUGGGGCUUGUCACAAAUUUGCACCUCGGAGAAUAUUUUGCUUGUGAUGAAUUGUUUCACUGCCCUUGAUAAUAUAUUGCCAUCUGAAUCUAGAACAGUCAAAUUUGUUUAAUUUUUCUUUCAUUGUUUUCCACUUCAUAUUUCUAGAAUUGUGAUUGCUCUGCAAUUCCAAUCAUUUCUUUUCACCUCUUAUUGUUCCAAUAUUCUGCUACAGAUGGGAGUUUCACAAUAAAAUAUUUUGUGUGUAAUGCUAA